UUUCUGUCAAAAGGGGACAGUGGCGAGAGAGAGAGAAGGCGACUGGCGCGAGAUCAGGGGCACGGUCUUUCUAUUUCUAUGGAAACGCUGCACUGACUGACAGAGGUGAGUGGAGGAGAAGGUGGCGGCGCUUUCGGAUGCGUUACGCACGUAGCGGAUUCCCAGCUUUCUUCUCUCAGUGUCCAGAGCGCGGAAACAGGCACAAUCUCCCCAAAGUAGCUCGGAAUUGUUCUUUUGAAUCAGAUUUAUAAAAGAAGGAAGCAGCAAAAAGUGAAGAUGCCCCUGGCACAACUAGUUGACCCUUGGCGAAAGAUGGCAAUCGGGAGCGCGGCGAGCGAGACGGAGCCCCAUCAUGUCUUGGAGGACUCCACGGGAGAAGAUGAAAAUCUACCAUGUCAAAUCUUGUUUUUGGGAAAUACUUAGCUUGGAUGCUAGAGACAAACUCUCUAGACUGGACUAGACUAAGACGGCUACACCGUCAUACCAUAGACUUGCCCGCGGGGCUUCAGGAAGCGACAGAAAGGUUUGAAACGCUGUCAGGGCUGGACGGAGAUCCAGCACCUCAUGGCAGGAUGCUGGCUGCUCUGAGAGAGCCCAGGCUGACACGAUGCCAGACUGAUUUGGGCUGGAACAGGAUGGAGGAUUCGCUGGCCUCACUUCCACAUCGCUCUCCAUGCGACUCUGAGGAAGAAGUGUCUGUUAAAGAAAUCAGCAUCACACAUCAUGUUAAAGAGGGCUCAGAGAAGGCCGACCCGCAACAGUUUGAGCUCCGGAAGGUGCUUGGACAGGGCUCCUUCGGAAAGGUGUUUUUGGUGAAGAAGACAACAGGCCCAGAUGCAGGACAACUGUACGCAAUGAAAGUGUUGAAAAAAGCCACUCUUAAAGUACGGGAUCGGGUCAGGACUAAAAUGGAACGAGACAUCCUGGUGGAGGUUAAUCAUCCCUUUAUUGUCAAGCUACACUAUGCAUUCCAGACUGAAGGAAAGCUUUAUCUGAUUCUGGACUUUUUAAGAGGAGGUGAUCUCUUUACUCGACUGUCAAAAGAGGUGAUGUUCACAGAGGAGGAUGUAAAGUUUUAUCUGGCUGAACUGGCUUUAGCUCUGGACCAUCUGCAUGGACUAGGCAUCAUCUACAGAGAUCUAAAACCAGAGAACAUUCUCUUGGAUGAGGAAGGCCACAUAAAGCUGACAGAUUUUGGACUCAGUAAAGAGUCGAUCGAUCACGAAAAUAAAGCAUACUCUUUCUGCGGGACAGUAGAGUAUAUGGCUCCAGAGGUGGUGAACAGAAGAGGGCACACUUAUAGCGCUGACUGGUGGUCUUACGGUGUACUCAUGUUUGAAAUGCUGACUGGAGCGCUGCCUUUCCAAGGCAAGGACCGCAAGGAGACCAUGACUAUGAUUCUAAAGGCGAAGCUUGGAAUGCCUCAGUUUCUGAGUUCAGAAGCUCAGAGUCUCCUCAGGAGCCUUUUCAAACGAAACCCUUCCAAUAGAUUAGGUGCUGGUCCAGAUGGAGUUGAAGAGAUAAAGAGACACCCAUUUUAUGCUACUAUUGACUGGAAUAAAUUAUUUAGAAGAGAGAUUCACCCUCCCUUCAAACCAGCCUCUGGCAGACCAGACGACACGUUCUACUUUGACCCAGAAUUUACAGCAAAAACUCCCAAAGACUCUCCAGGUGUACCCCCUAGUGCCAAUGCCAAUCAACUCUUCAGAGGUUUCAGUUUUGUGGCCAUCAGCUCAGAAGAAGAGUCUCAACCCCUGCAGAGCAACAGCGUGAGCUCUAUAGUUCAGCAGCUCCACAGGAACGUGUCUCAGUUCAAUGACGCAUAUGAGGUGAAGGAGGAUAUCGGAGUUGGCUCAUAUUCCAUCUGCAGACGCUGCGUACAGAAAAGCACAGGCAUGGAGUAUGCAGUAAAGAUAAUCAAUAAAGCUAAACGGGAUCCAACGGACGAGGUGGAAAUUCUGUUACGCUAUGGACAGCAUCCAAAUAUAAUCACCUUGAAAGACGUGUACGAUGAUGGGCGUUCGGUGUAUCUGGUGACAGAACUGCUGAAGGGAGGCGAACUUCUGGAUAAGAUCCUCAGACAGAAGUUCUUCUCGGAGCGGGAGGCCAGCGCUGUACUGUACACCAUCACAAAGACUGUGGAGUACCUGCACACUCAGGGGGUGGUUCAUAGGGAUCUGAAGCCCAGUAACAUCCUUUAUGUUGAUGAAUCUGGGAAUCCAGAAUCCAUCCGGAUCUGUGACUUUGGCUUUGCCAAGCAACUGAGAGCGGAAAACGGACUGCUGAUGACGCCCUGUUACACUGCCAACUUUGUGGCCCCAGAGGUGCUGAAGAAACAAGGUUAUGAUGCUGCCUGUGAUAUCUGGAGUUUAGGUGUCCUUCUGUACACAAUGCUAACUGGUUUUACUCCAUUUGCCAAUGGCCCAGAGGACACGCCAGAGGAGAUUCUAGCUCGAAUCGGCAGUGGGAAGUUUUCUCUCACAGGCGGAUACUGGAGCUCCGUUUCACUUGAGGCAAAGGACUUGGUGUCUAAGAUGUUACAUGUGGACCCCCAUCAAAGACUAACAGCUGCACAGGUGUUGAAACAUCCCUGGAUCUUUCACAGAGACCAGCUCCCCAAAUACCAGCUAAAUAGACAGGACGCCCCCCAUCUGGUUAAGGGGGCGAUGGCUGCUACAUACUCUGCCUUGAACAGGAACGUUCCUCCCAUGCUGGAGCCCGUGGGCUGUUCUAUUCUCGCUCAGCGCAGAGGAGUGAAAAAAUUGACCUCCACUGCUUUAUGAGCCAACACCUUCCACCUCCAACCCCGUGACCUCUAGCUUGGUUUGAGCACAGCCUGAACUCGGCUUGCUUGCUGCCCACCAUGCAUCUAGGCCUUAGAGCCAAGCGUAGAUUCUGAGGACCCCUGGUGGACAAUCAAAAUCUUCCUUCACUGGUUACUACGAAGGCCAAAAAAAAUACAGUCCGGCCUCUACAAUCACGCCUCUGCCUCUAAACGCAAACCAAUGAAGAAUCUGUGGACUAUUCCUGAGCGUAUGAAUAUAAACAUACUCAGUCAUUAUAAAAAGCUAAGAUGUAUUCAGGGAGGAUGUGGAUUUUAGAGGACAACAACAAAAGUGUGCGCACAGUUGCAAAAAGCUCCAGUUGUAUGGGGAUGUUGUAUAUGGGAUACGUCCCUGUGAGGUUGACACUGAAUUUUCAAACUGUAUCCUGUUCUGGCCUGUUAUUUUACAUCAUUAACGCCACAUUGCGUAUUUUAGUCCCACCAUUCCUGGCGUAUCCCAGCAAACCUUGUCUAGGAGAAACUCCCUCACCAGAUCCAAAUGACGAGUCCAAAUGUUCAUACGACCACUGCUGGCGUUAGCUUAGCGUUCUUUUUACAAAACGACAAUGGGAACGAGGUCCAAAGCACAAAAUGCAGUGGAGGCCUAUGUGUAAACGGCACAGAAUGUCAAAUAAAGAACUCAGGUGAAACGCAAUACAUUAUACAAAAAAAUAAUAAAAAAUAAGCUGGGACGGAUAUGUAUAUGGUUGUAUCGGCUCACCUAAAACCUGCUGACCUGUUUAUUUGUUUGGAUGUAGAGAAGUACAGAUAUGCUCAGAGAUAUAUGUAGUGACUUUUUUUAAAGUGACUACUUACAGCCUUGACAUAUUUUUAUAAAUGUGCAUGGGCAAGAUGCUAUAUUAGCUAGUAGCUCUGUGGAAGUGGGCAUGACUGAGGAUGUUUUCCCCCUUUAAUAUUUUUUAAAGUUCUUCUUCUAAUUCCUUGCAGUUUUUUUUUUCUGAGCAAGUUUAAAUAUGAUGUACAUUUUUCUUUUAAUCUCAGUUGUAUUUUUCCCGUCUUUGACUUGGAAGAGUGCUGGAAAUGUUGCUGUCCAUAUAGCAAGCUGCUAUCCUGUUCUUUUGUACAUGUAGAAAAUAAAGUUUGCCAUUUUUACAAAAACA